AUGGCUACUGCCACUUUUCGAAAGCUCUCCGCCCAAAUUCACCACAUCCCAUCGCUCUCCCUCCACUCCAAAUGCCUGCUGUCCCGCUCCUCCGCCACCUCCGCCAAAGUCUCGGACAGAAUCGUCAAGCUCUUCGCCAUCGACGUCGACGGCCAGAAACGCGAGAUCAUCGGGCUCUCCGGCCACACUCUCCUCAAAUCCCUAAUCAAUCACGGCCUCAUCGACCCCGCCUCCCACCGCCUCGAAGAGAUCGACGCCUGCUCCGCCGAGUGCGAGGUCAACAUUGCUCAGGAAUGGUUCGAUAGGCUUCCCCCUAGGUCCUACGACGAAGAGUACGUGCUCAAGCGGAACUCUAGGGCCCGAGUUUUGAACAAGCACUCGAGGCUUGGCUGUCAGGUUGUGCUCAAUAAGGAUCUUGAAGGUAUGGUCGUGGCCGUCCCCGAGCCCAAACCCUGGGACAUCCCUUGAUUUUAGGCAAAACUCUGCCAUUUUGAGUUUUGGGGAAAUUUAAUAAUCUUCAAAGAUUUAAACUUUUGGUUGUUGGAUACUGCUUCAUCUCUGCCUUUAUGUUUUAUGUGGCUUUCAAUUAUAUGAAUUUG